UAUGGAGUGGACAGGCUGUCCGUAGAAGGCUGUGGCUGUGGCUCAGCUACGAUUGUGCCUGAAAGCGCCUGCCUUUUAUUUUGAAGCUCGUAACCGGAUGUGGAUUCUGGCUCAAAUGAUCCACAGGACGUUAGCUGGCGUUUCUCCGCUGUCAGUAGGUUUCUGCUCUCUCUGCUGUGAUCCUGGCGCUGUUCAUUUGUUUGAUUUGUGUGGACAUGUGGACAAUAAAAAGUGUAGACUUUGAUGUAGAAACGUGUCCUGUUCGGAGGGUUUUAAUCCCCCUGAAUGAAGCCUCUAGCGGCAGUUCAUGUUAGCUAAAGUUAGCUGAUAAAGUGUGCUCACAGUUCAUGUUUCAGUCCGACGUGAAGACCAGUAUGCUGUCCGUGUGCUUAGCCGGGUUAGCCGCGGAGCUCAUGUCCGUGUUAAAAAGCUGAACAAACGUGUUUAUAUGAGAAGCAGCAGAGUGGCCGUUAAAGCGGUAAAGUGUCCCCUGGUGUCCUGUCCUGUCUGACCUCAGAUCAGCUGGCUGUGUCUCCUGCAGACGUUUCCUGUUGGAGCUCAUUUUGACUGCAGCUGAUGAUUCAUCUGCUGACUGUUUUCUCCAUGAAUCCACUGAUUGUUUGCUUUGUCAAACUUAUAUAAUAACUUAUAUUAACAGUGAGACAUGUGGUCCCACUGAGCCAGAGGACAAAGUGACUCCUUCACAGAGUUUGUUCAGUCCAAAGCUAACAUGAUCACAAACACACUGAGAGGAAAAGCAGCAAAGCUUCACAUCCAGCACACGUUUUUACAGGAGAAAACACUGAACACAUCAUCAAUGCAGCUGAUCACUCAGGUGAGGAAGCAGCAUGGACAAAGUGAGGAGGAUCCUGGUUUAUGUCUGUAAGGAGCGAGCAGCUCCUCAGCGAGCUCAGUUUGUUCAGAGUGUGACGGGUCACUUCAGUGACUGCGGUGGCGACGAAGUGGAGGUGAACUUCUCUCUGGAGAGAAACCAGUUCAUCCUUUACCGAAGAGACAGAGGACGGGGGAUAACUCUGAAGAGACCUGCCUUCUGUCCCAUCAAACACCUGUCAGCCACAGAGGCAGCUGAGAUCCCACUGGACGUUCAGCAGCGUGGGAUAGAUGUGGGCGUGGCCAUUGUCCUACAGACAGCCGAUCAGAGAGUGUUGCUGACACGGCGGGCGAAUGAGCUUCGGAUUUUUCCCAACGUCUGGGUUCCUCCAGGUGGCCAUCUUGAACCGGAUGAGACGCUGCUGGACGCAGGCCUCAGGGAGCUGAAGGAGGAAACUGGACUGAAACUUGAACCAGAGGAAGCUUCUCCUAAAAUACUGGGACUCUGGGAGUCAGUGUAUCCCCCCAUGCUGUCCAGAGGACUUCCUCAGAGACAUCACGUAGUCAUCUACAUGCUGCUGCACUCGUCCCUGACUCACCUGCAGCUACAGGCCUGUCUGAGCCCGUCUCCCGCUGAGGUCAGUGCCUGUCUGUGGGCUGACGGUCACCUCGUCAGAGCCAUCGUGUCCGCCGUGGACGGGGAGGACGCUGAGGUUCGAGUGGACCGCCUUCCAGGCGGCAUCAGUGUCUCGCAGGUUUCCACAGAAGGAGCUCUGAGCGACUCCACGCUGCCUCUGACGGUGUUCGUCAGCCGGGCGCCAGUCAGCGGCCCAGAUGUGGAACGGGUCAGCACCGGCACCAAAUUUGCCUUGGAGCUGUGGCUGAAGAGCCUGGAAACCUCUGACCCGUGACCCUUAACCCCCACCAGCAGCCUGCAGGCAACAACAAGUUCAGUUCUGGAUCAGAGACAUGACUGUGACGUUUAUUGUGAAGUACUUCAAAUCCUGUCCGUAUUUUUCAGUAAAACCCUGAGAGGAAGUGACUCUCAAACUUCCUGCUGAGGCUUCAACCACAAAUACCUUGAAGCCUGACAACUGAGCAAAAUGCAUCAGCUGAUGAAGAUCAUGCGAGACAAUGGAAAAUUCAGAUCAGGAAAAAAAUAGUCUCUGAGGUGAAAGUAUUUUGUUUCAAACAGAUUUUUAAAAAAGUUUGUACAGCUGGACAAAUGUCCAUAUAGUUGUGGUCACAUAUGUCUCAACAGUUUUCAUUGUUUCUUUAGUUUGGUGAAACAGCGCCCCCCUGGGCUGUAAUGGCUGGCUUUCAUCAGUCUCUGUGGCCACAUGUGGUAUUGCACACAGACUCAGAAGCAGGUGAAGGUGAUUUAAAAGUCUUAUGAGAGUUCUGUACUCGAACUAAUAAUAAUAAUAGAGUUUAACUUGAAUUUUUAUCCAGUCCUGAAAUGCUUUUGAAUAAACUACUUAUUUUCAGUCUUCACUUUCA